CUCCGUCUGUAACUGUAGCCUGUGUUUUUCUCUCCCUCCCACUCCCUGCGACGUAUAGAUACUGCAUUGAUCAGACACACGCACGCGCACCGAGCCUCCCACUCCUUUCAUCAUUGAUUCGCUCUGCUCCUCUCUCUCUCUCUCUCUCUCUCGCUCUGUCUCUCGUUCUCUCUCUCUCCCCAUUCUCCUCUCUCUCUCUUUCUCUCUCUCUCUUACAGCAGCACUUGUUGAAUUCAACCCUUGGAGAAUAGAGAGAGGGAGAGAGAAACAGAGGGAGAGAUAAUGACAGGGAGGUGGAGGGAGGCUUUGAGACGGCACUAGAACAGACACUGAGCAGGGAGAAUGGGGCUUUGGAGGAUAUAGAGAUAGAACAUAGGGCUGUGUGAAGACAGACAGAGAGAAAAAAGUCAGUCAGACGGCAGUGGUGGAUCGUCUUCUUGAAACAGUGGGAAUGACACUUUAAGUGAAAAGAGGGAGUCGACCAGACGGAGUACAUCAGAGUGCUCUCCCUCCAUCUCUUUAACUACUCUUCGUCUGUCCUGGUCCCGGCUGCUGCUCGUGCCGCUGCCGCUGCUGCUGCUGCUGCUGGUGUGUUUGUGUGUAUCCAGGCUCCAUGGUGUGUCUGAACCACAGGACUGGCUUAACACAGAUGCCUCUCUCAGUGGCAGAGUCUGCAGUGAAUAUCUGAAGCCCCCAUCUUCCUCGGCCUCUCUGCCAACAUGUCCCAGCUGCUCCAUGUGGAGAUACCCAACUUUGGAGCCACGGUCCUCGGCUCCCUCAACGAGCAGCGCCUGCUGGGACACUACUGUGAUGUCUCCAUCCUGGUCAAAGGUCAGGCUUUUAAAGCCCACCGGGCCGUUUUGGCUGCCAGCAGCCUCUACUUCCGUGACCUCUUCAGCAGCUCCACCAAGACCCAGUUUGAGUUGCCCUCCUCAGUCACACCUGCUUGCUUUGAGCAGAUCCUCACUUUCUGCUACACAGGGAAGCUAACAAUGGCAGCUAGCGAACAGCUGGUGGUCAUGUACACAGCUGGCUACCUCCAAAUUCAGCAUAUAGUUGAAAGAGGCAUGGACCUAAUGUUCAAAGCCAACUCACCUCACUGUGACUCGCAAACAGCGGGGUCUUUAGAGGAAACAUGUUCCGAACCACAGAGUCCCUCUAAUAAUGGUAACGGCCUGGCGGUGGCUGCCCUGCUGGGAACCCCCGGUUGGCCUCAGUCUUUGCUCCUUCAGCGUAAGAUUAAACUAGAAGGGGGCGAACCGACACCCCUGACGAUACCCUCAAUACAAAGCAAGAUUUCUUCCUCAGACUUGGGCAGUCGGCUGGCGAGGGCGAGUUCGUUGUUCUACACGACGGCUGGAGGGAACCCAGUCCCCGGUAUGCCUACUUACCACCUUCAAGGGGCCGGCGGAGGUGGAGCCGGAGGAGGAUUAGGAGUAGAAAGGUCCAGUCCUGGAUCGUCCAGCUUGCCCACCACUGACAGUCCAACAUCCUACCAGAAUGAAGAUGAGGAGUUUGAGGAAGAGCCCUAUGAUGGAAUGACAGAGGAUGCCUACAGUCAUCUCUAUGGACGUUCAGCUAACCCCUAUGGGAUCCAGGACAAGCCAGAGAUGGCGGUGGUGCCCUUGGCCUUGGAGAACCGCAACUGUGUGCUGAUCCGCCGGGACCUGGUGGCGCUGCCUGCAAGCCUCAUCAGCCAGAUAGGCUACCGCUGCCACCCGAAGCUCUACACCGAGGGGGACCCCGGGGAGAAGCUGGAAUUGGUCGCUGGUACGCAGGUGUUCAUGACUCGAGGCCAGCUGAUGAACUGUCAUCUAUGUGCCGGGAUCAAACACAAAGUCUUGCUCCGCCGGCUGCUAGCUACGUUCUUUGAUCGAAACACUUUAGCCAAUAGCUGUGGGACAGGUAUCCGUUCUUCUACUAGUGACCCCAGUAGGAAACCCCUGGACAGCAGGGUCCUCAACGCUGUAAAACUCUACUGUCAGAAUUUCAACCCUAACUUCAAGGAGAGUGAAAUGAAUGUGAUUGCUGCCGACAUGUGCACCAACGCGAGGCGCGUGCGCAAGAGAUGGCUGCCGAAGAUCAAGUCCAUGCUGCCUGACGGCAUGGAAGUGUACCGUGCAGGAAUGGGCAUGGGUGCUGCUGUGGGUCUUGGCCUGGCAAUGGGCGCCUCUCAACAAGGGGUAUCCCUCCCCUUCGAGGCCGACUUCAAGAACCUAGAGCAGAGGUAUUAUCCAGAUCGUAAGGACCCUCUAAGGACUCACCCACCGCUCACAGAGGGCAGCCCCGGGUCCAGGGCGGCUGGAGCUGAUGCUGAAGGCGAUGGAGUUGUGCAGGAGGAGCAAGAGGAAGAUGAGGAUGAAGCUGGGUUAGAAGGUGUCGAUGCAUCACUUGGGGCACCGACUUUGAUCCCAGGUGCUGAGGCGGGCAAUUGUGGAGACACGCCGUCGGAGCAGCAAGUGGAAAGUUUUGAACAAGGUCUGAGGGUGAAUGGACAGUGAACGUCCCUUGUUGGGAGCUGCCUCUCACAUUGUGAAAUCUGUUUUAACACCUCAUUUUCUUUUGCUUGCAUCUUGUCCAGCGCUCUUUCUUCUCCUCUGUGCUUCCUCACCAGGAAUCGUCAGCACACAAAGCAGCGCUCGUAGAUCUCGCUAACAGAAAUUUGUCACACAUGCAUGCGCACCCAUGUGCUUGUGUACACACUUACUUAAUUGAUAGUGGAAGUAGACACAGGCAUUGUGUUAGCACAUCACGCAAAUCAAUGAUGUGCUGUAUUGACUCAGUAUUUCAGCUUUUGCAGCAAUAUCACAAAGGCCUGAUACCAGAACAAAUGGCUGUAAUGAUGCAUGAUAUCAGCGCAGCACAGAAGUAACACUUGCUGGCUGGCAGUCCACAGACUGUGUGAUAUGAUGGUUUUAAAAAUAAUUCAGUUUUCUGAAAGAAUAAAACCCCAUGUAACCUUGGGAGAAACAGAUCAGAGAGACAGUUCUCUUGAUAAGCAAUUAAAGGUCAAGCACUGAAUUAGCACAAUUGAACUAAACAAUUUUAAUUUCCUGUUAUAAAAGAGGACUUCAUUUUUAUGAUAAAGAAGAGGAAAAAGGGUUUCCUGGGAAAGUUAAAGACUUCUCCGCAAUCUAACUAAUAAUCUAUCACAUGGACUUGUUUUUUCAUGCAUACUUUCCCAUGACACAUUGGAUUAGAUUGUCAAUGUGAUGCCUGUGUCUGCUCCAGACAGCCCCCGCUAACCACACACACACACAGAGACACACACACACAUGUGCACCCAUUUAAGAUAAUAGCCUUUUAAUAUAUGCACCAAUGCAUUGAAUACACCAUUCAAAGAAAUACAAUAACGUAACGAUGCUUUUUAACUUUGAAGAAUCCUUUUCGAUUACCAGUUAUCAUUCUGUCUUGGAGAUACACGGACAAGAACAAACCCUACAACCCACGCUUGCAUGCAUGAAUACAAACAACGGAUACAGAGAAAUUAUGGAAAACAACAGCAACAACAACAACAACAACAAAGCCACAAACCUGCAUAGAAAUGAUUUAAAAAAACAAACAGCUACUGUUGCCUCGAGAUAUACAAUUACUACGCAAAAGAACUAAUUUAUCCAUUUCUCCCCUGGACGUUUCUCAAAGACCACAGUCUGACAUAUGUUAGAACUGAUUCUGAUGUUACCCAGAAGUGACUGUGUUUGACACAGUACUGGUUGGAUUCUUUUUUUUUGUUUUGUUUGUUUGUUUACGGAGCGCUCUGUCACCACAGGUAGAGGAGACUGACGUGCACUACACCAAGUGGUAGAAGAAAUAAAACAUGCCAUUGAGAAGCACUGUUUUACCUUGAUGUGGUGCGAUACUACAGCGUCCUGCUUCCGUCCUGCUUUUUUUUCCCCAGGGGGGUGGGAGGGGUGUCGGGGGGUAAGUUAUUGAAUAAAACGUAUAAGAGCAAUUUCUGCUGGCUUAUUGCAUUUGCACUCAAAUUAAAAAAAGGUUAAAGGUGGGAGACUAAGGAGUUUGCCUAAAUGUGACUGUACUAAAGACUGAAUCUUUUGUGUCCUCCACAUCACCCUGAUUAUUUAUUAAAUUUAGGGUAUUGUGGGGAAAAAACAAAUGGUCUUUCUGACAAUGACUGUUUCUAAAACAAAUAAUCUGGGACUUGGAUGUCACAAGGCAAUGUCGAACAGCAGCGUAAACCUUUAUUUGUCUUUUCGUAGAAUUUUUUUCUUUUCUUCUUUACUAUGUUUUCACACUAUCUGCCACAUGUAAGGACGCAGUCCGAGCAGCCUUUCUUUGUUAUUGUUUUGUGAAAAGAUUUUUGAAAAGCUUUGCUGUCCUUAUGUUUUCUUCCAUUUUCCAAGUUUUCCCGCAGAUUUAAUCACGAGAUAAGACUAUCGAGCCCCGUCAAUGUAUUAACCCCAGGGUAAUUCUAAGCCACCGGCCAUUAUUUUGGGAAAAUACAAGGAAUUCUGAAGUGGUUGAAAAUAGAAAAUGUCAUAUUUUAUCACCACAGAAUGUGAAAGCAUGAAUGAACAACUAAGCAGAAACAACUGAAUAUGCCCUCAGUGUAUAUUGGACCCAUUUGUUUGAAACAUCAGUGCUGUGUCACUGCGAAGGUUGGGCCAGAUUAUUCUCUGUCUUUUCUACAAAUAUUCUUUUUGGGAGGGGGGGGGGGUGCUUUAAGAUGGCCCUGCACAAGAAACACAGGGUUAAAAUUGCACUAGGUAAUAAUAGUAAUGACGUUUACAAAUUUCUUUUUCUUUCUUAUUUUGUUUUGUGGUUGAAGAAAUGUGAUCUGCCAUCGAUAAAACAGGGCUGUGACCGAAUGGCUGAGCUGAUGGAUGAAUGUAAACUGUAGCACUGCUUUGGUGAGGGCUCCGAGCCUUGACUGAAUAUAUGGUAAAAUACUGAAUCUCUUUUUUAUAUAUCUGUAUGACUCACUUCUUUCCUUAAUUGUAUACUCUCAAACAAAUGGGCCAUAAUAUAAAACUAAUCUGGCUGUUCGGCUGGAUGAUGUUCUAACCUAAAGCUUUAGUGAUGUUGUGAUUUUUUUAAAGAACAUAUUUGAACAGGUCUUCCACUGUGGCAGACACAGGGCGAGGUUCAAGUACAGGCUUUUAUUACACCGCUGUUUAUACUAUCUCUAUCCCAACAGUUGUGUCUCUAAUGUUGAAAUGACACGUGUGUUCGCAAAACUGAAGAUUUCUUAAAAAUUCAGCAAAUUAUUUCUUAUUUUCUAAUUUAUUAAGUGACAGUUCCUAAAGUUGCUCUUGUAAAAAAAAAAAUACAAAUAAAAGAAUAAAGGUGUUCAGUUGCUUGUUGAAGCCACUACCUUAAUGCACUUGUGAUUAUUUGUCAUUCAAAGUAAUAGUCUUCCCAAAAAUGCAUACACAUUUAACUCCAAUAAUUAAUUUAAGUUACAAAAUACAGCAUGCCACCCCUAGUAAAUUCAAUCAUAAAUGUUCAACUGUGCAGUGAAAUUAUCAUAUAUGUUAAAUACAUUUUUCUCUCUUUAUAUUUUCAUGCACUAUAAACCUAUGCUUAUCCAAGGCCUGGUUUGGAACAGGUGUUACUUAAACUACUUAGGUAUUCGAGGUGUUAAAUGACCUGCAGUGGGGAAACACUGAUAUACUCCACAGUUAUCGUGAUAAAGGGGUGAGGAGCAGUGCCUUAGACUGUGACUGUGUUGGCGUGGAUAUUGUGUUGUGAAUGUUUCGGUUCAGAGAGAAACUAGACAAAAUAGUGGCAGAGUAAGUCUAUAAAUUCACCAAUAAUAUUGGCUUUGAGAAACUUUGCUUAUAGAAUUAUAUAUGUAACAAUUUAUAUAUUAUUUUGUAGCUUUAUGUUUUUGCGACAGAUUUACGGCACUUGGACACAUUCAACAGCCAAUCAGAAACAACCAAGACUCACAGCAAAAAAAAAGGAAAAUGAAUCUAGCAUAUGAUUUCUAUUUUAGUCACACCCCAAAAAAAACUGUUUACGUUAUGUCUCCUGAUAUAUUCACAUUUUUUUUCUUCCUUGUUUCCUGGUUGGGGCCUUUUUCUUGUGCAGGGUGAAAUUGAACAUGAAUAAAGUUGCACUAAAAAAAAAAAUGUCAGAGAAUGUCAUGGCUAACCCUUGGGAGGAAGAGCUCUAUUGAAAAAAGUCCUGUAAAAUGUAUGUAAUGUAUUUUUUGUAAAAGUUUCUUUCAUGGAAAGCAGAAUCUUUUUUUUCCCUUUAAUUUAGUGACAUAAAUAUGUUACAAUAUCUGCCAUUCACCUGCAUGAUUUGAAAACCACGCUUUAAGAGAUGGGAUGGCAUUGUUGAUUAAAAACACCCUAUUUUCCACAAAUUUUCUUUGCAAAUAAAUUGUUGUUUACUUUCUAAAACACUACAUAGUGCUCGCUUCACCCCCGCGUUGUUGUAAAACAAAUGUGGGCACAGUGGUUUUUCUUACUUUGAAUGGUCGAACUCAAAACAAUACAUUUAUAUGCAAAGAGACACUGGUAUCAUAAACUGCAUGCCAUUUGGAAAAACUUGUUCUAACCGGAUGUAACCUCUGAUCUUUAUGCACCAUGUAUUUUAUGCUGAAUAACUGUUGUCACUGUUAGCAAACAAAGACUCUUGCAACGAGUGGGGUUUGUAUUUUUACCGCGCACCCUGGCCUUUUAUUGAAUGUUUAUUGACAAGAUUUACGACAAAGUAGAGUUUAAAGAGUGAAAUACGUAGAAUAACUACCCAGUUGACUGUGCAUUGAAACUUUCAACAGACUCAGCAAAUGCACUUAAAGUUUAUACAGUAUGUGUAUGUGUGUGUCCUUGAAUAUAAUGCCAGCACUUUAGAACUACUUAGAAAAAUGAAAGAAAAAGAGGAAAAACGUAAAGAGCGACCGAGGGUUCGGUGAACGGGGGGGAAACGCAACUUUUAAAGCCAUGUGUUCAGAGCGCUGACAAUCAGAAUAUGGGAUGAGAAUCAAAGUGCACUAUGGGAGAUCUGACAUGAGUUGCUGUGCUCUUGCUAUAUGCUUUGUCUUUCUCCAGCUUGCUUUGGUCUCUGCUCGCUUACUCUUUCCCAGAGUCGGGGGACAUUAUGAUGUUAACCCCAGCCUUCUAUAGUUAUUACGUGUGUGUCUCUGCAACAAGGACUGAUACUUUGGUGCUUCGUGAACAGAGCUGUUCCAUGUUGACAUGGACCAUAUCUGCAAUGCUCUGUAGAGCGUGGGUCGAACUCAGCCCAGUCUGGGCUUAUUGGUAACUUCUUGAUGGGCAACAGUCUAAAUAUGACAAAAAAAAGAGGGUCUUAUCAUGCAACCUUACACAUUGAUCAUGGUAAUGUUCUUCACUAUCAACCUGGCCCAGGCAAACUGGGAUGGGACAUUGACAGUGUUGACAACUGCUUUAUGGUUAAAAUGAAAAAUGUUGAAAAUGUUUAUGCGCCUUCCGACUCAAGCAUCAAUAAUAUAUACAACAAGAAAAAAUGCAAGUUGCCACUUUUGACGUUGCAUAAGAAUAUACGUUUCAUUCCCAUCAUGGUUGUGUGCCACCACCAGUUUCGGUUGUGUAGUCUAAGAGUACAUGAUUUCUUUAAAUGCAAUACAGAAAAAUCUGCUUUCUAAUAAAAGUCCUUACUUCACCAUA